UGACAUUUUAAAUGCGACGAAUACGUUUUCUAAUCAUUUCCUGGAAAUUCCAUAUUUCUCUUUCUUCGUACCAUUAAUUUAGAAAAGAAAAAUACAGCAAGAGAAAAUUCGAUCUAUUGACAAAUUUUUUUGUUCAUUCGUCCGUCUUCUUUCUCCUAUAACGGAAGUAAUACUCCCGAGUUGUUCAUAAAGAACCAAACCUCCUAUUACCAGUCUGUUCCUUGCUGGAACCUACUUUCUUGAAAUUUUAUUUAAAAACUCAAAACUCAAAAUCUGAGUUUUUCGGUUUCUUGAUCUGUUCAUUAAGCUUUGAUCAUCAACUCUAUCCUUUCAUGGGACAGUUACUUCUCCUGGAUUUCUGAUUUUUUUUUUUAAAGUGGAAAAGGUUUUUGUGAAGAUGGGUCUUGAAAAGUUCCUAACUUUCGUCUUGGUUACAACGAUUUCGUGCUUGUUCUGCAUCUGCCAUGGAUUCACACCUCAGGACAACUACCUAAUCAACUGUGGCUCACCCUCCAAUUCCACCCUCAUGGAUCGAGUCUUCAUGUCCGACAAGCUCGCCUCGAACUUACUCUCCUCUCACAACCAAGAGAUCCUCGCGAGUCAAAGCAGCAGCAGCUCAGACAUCUACCAGACGGCAAGAGUCUUCACCGAAGUCGCUAGCUACAAAUUCUCCGUCGCUCGUGGCCGUCACUGGGUUCGUCUCCAUUUCAAUCCCUUCAACUUCCAAUCUUACCAAAUGGGUUCUUCCAAAUUCGCAGUUUCGUCACAGACUCAUGUGCUCUUAAGCGAUUUCACGGUUAAUAGCAGAGUUGUAAAAGAGUACUCUUUGAAUGUAAACACCGAUGAUCUCGUCCUCACGUUUACUCCCUCCGUUAGCUCCUUUGCGUUUGUGAAUGCAAUUGAGGUUAUAUCCGUGCCGGACUCACUGAUCACUUCUUCUUCUCCCCCGAGGGUAGUAGGCGGUUCGGGGGGCUUUCAGGGGAGCUUGGCAUCGCAGGCUUUCGAAACCAUUCAUAGACUGAACAUGGGUGGUUCGCUUGUUACACCUAACAACGAUACUCUCACAAGAACUUGGCAGCCUGACUCUGGUUUUCUCCUUGAGAAGAACCUAGCCAAAACUGUGUCUAAGAUUGCAAGUGUCAACUUCGUUCCAGGCCACGCGACAGCGGAGACUGCGCCGCAAACUGUGUACGGUACUUGCACUGAGAUGAAUUCCGACGGAAACCCGAGUGCCAUUUUCAAUGUCACGUGGGAGUUCGACGUUGCUCCGGGUUUUCCUUACUUUUUACGCUUCCACUUCUGCGAUAUCGUGAGCGUGUCUCUCAACCAGCUGUAUUUCAAUCUCUAUAUUGACUCCAUGCUCGCCGUCCAGGAUAUUGAUCUUAGCGUUUUAUUGGAUAACACCUUGGCUGGUGCAUAUAGCAUGGACUUUGUUAUGCCGUCGCCUAAGAGUAGUAAUAAAAUGCGUGUGAGCAUCGGUCCAUCAGGUGUUCACGCUGAUUUUCCUAACGCGAUUGUGAACGGAUUGGAAAUCAUGAAGAUGAACAACUCGCAAGGUCAGCUAAGCGCCGGGGCAAUUGUACCGGGUGGUAGUGGUCCCAGCACUAAGCAGAAGAACGUCGGGUUGAUUAUAGGUGCAACCAUUGGUCCGUUGCUGGCGUUACUCCUAUUGGGAGGUUGUUUUGUGUUCUGUAAGAAGCGGAAACGUGGCCAAGAUGGUUAUUCCAAGACUUGGAUGCCGUUUUCGAUAAAUGGGACAUCAGUGGGAAGCAGAGGUUCGCAUGGAACUACGCUUACAAGUAUAACCACCAAUGCCAACUACCGUAUUCCCUUUGCGGCGGUCAAAGACGCUACGAACAACUUCGACGAGAGCCGCAACAUUGGCGUGGGAGGCUUUGGUAAAGUCUACAAAGGAGAGCUUAACGAUGGCACUAGAGUAGCUGUGAAGAGAGGGAACCCAAAGUCUCAGCAAGGUCUUGCGGAGUUCAGGACAGAAAUAGAAAUGUUGUCACAGUUUCGUCACCGCCAUUUGGUUUCUCUGAUUGGUUACUGUGAUGAGAACAACGAGAUGAUACUGGUGUACGAGUAUAUGGAGAAUGGAACGGUGAAGGGUCAUCUUUACGGCUCAGGUCUUCCUAGCUUGACUUGGAAACAACGGCUUGAGAUAUGCAUUGGUGCAGCUAGAGGAUUGCAUUACCUUCACACGGGCGACUCGAAACCUGUCAUUCACAGAGACGUGAAAUCCGCAAACAUAUUGCUUGACGAGAACUUCAUGGCGAAAGUUGCGGACUUUGGACUGUCUAAGACCGGACCUGAGCUCGAUCAGACUCAUGUGAGUACUGCUGUGAAAGGAAGUUUCGGGUAUCUUGACCCUGAGUACUUCAGAAGGCAACAGCUCACUGAGAAAUCAGAUGUCUACUCCUUUGGUGUUGUUCUCUUUGAGGUUCUCUGUGCCAGACCUGUUAUAGACCCGACGCUUCCGAGAGAGAUGGUGAAUCUCGCGGAAUGGGCAAUGAAGUGGCAGAAGAAAGGGCAGUUGGAUCAGAUCAUUGACCAGUCGCUUCGCGGUAACAUCAGACCUGAUUCGUUGAGGAAAUUUGCGGAGACGGCGGAGAAAUGUUUGGCUGAUUACGGAGUGGAUAGGCCAUCUAUGGGAGAUGUGUUGUGGAAUCUUGAAUAUGCUUUGCAGCUGCAAGAAGCAGUUGUUGAUGGCGAACCUGAAGAUAACAGCACGAAUAUGAUUGGAGAGUUACCUCCACAGAUCAACAAUUUCAGUCAGGGAGACACGAGCGUUAACGUACCCGGAACCGAGGGACGGUUUGAGGAAUCGAGCAUUGAUGAUCUCUCUGGUGUUUCAAUGAGUAAAGUCUUCUCUCAACUUGUGAAAUCCGAAGGAAGGUAACGAGAGAUUGGCAAAUGGCAGUGCCCAUAAAAGGCGAAAAUAUAUUUAUGAUCUUGUAUAUUAGGAAAGGAAGCAAAAGAUGUUGUGAGGAACAAAACACAUAUAGGUCUUUUGUCUGCUCGACAUAAUCCGUAUGUAUUUUCUUGCAGAUUGAUUGAUGUUUCAUUUGAAGUUGUUUGAUAUUCUUUUGUCUUUUAACAAUCUUUUUGUUUCAGUUGUACUGUAAGUUUAGAAGUUAAAACGGACUACUUCAUGUU